AAGUAGCUUCCAAAAAUUACAAAAAUACUCGGGAACUUUUGUUUUGCAAUUCAACGUAAACAUCCUCAACAAAAAAUUGAGGAAAAUGAGCAAGAAGAUAUGGAGUUUUUUUUAUUGCUUAUGAAGAUCUUUCUUAUACUUGUUGUUAUUUGUCAUCGUCGUAAGCAUAGGUAUAGAAAACUUCAAUUAUGUGAUCAAGAUGAAAGGGCUUAUCAGAGGAAGAUGUGGAUUAGAUUAUUAGAUGAUGAAAAAGUUUGCUUGCAUCAACUUUGUGUUACUAGGCAAGCAUUUAAGAAAUUGUGUGAUGUUUUAAUGGAGAAAAGUAGACUAGUGGCCACAAGAUAUGUGACAAUUAAGGAAAUUGUGGCACUUUUCUUGCAUAUUCUUACUCAUGACCUUAAAAAUAGUACAAUCAGAAGUAUUUUUGCUUGUUCAUCGAAAACAAUCAGUAGACAAUUCCAUGUUGUUUUGCAAGUAGUGAUGAAAAUUGGAAAGUUUUACAUUAAACAAAACAGUGUAUCCUUCCAUGAAGUAGAUGAUAAGUGGAAAUGGUUCAAGGGAGCUGUUGAGGCACUUGAUGGAACCCUUAUUGAGAUAACUGUACCUACUAGUGAGCAAGGAAAAUAUCAAGAUAGAAAAGGUAACUUGAGUACAAAUGUUUUGGGAGCUUGUGAUGCUAAUUUGAAGUUUACUUAUUUGUUGCCUGAUCGGGAAGGAUUAGCAUCAGAUUCUCGUGUUUUACAUGAUGCUUUGACUAGACGCAAUAGCUUAAAAGUUUCACAAAAUUUACUAAGAGAAGUGGAUAAAGAGCUUGAAGAGGCUACACUUGAAAAUGAGGUUGAGAGAGAUAAUACAACCUUUGUGGGAGUCAUUGAUGAAUGGUCGCAAUUUAAAGAUAAUUUAGCUAUGGAGAUGUUUGAAGAAUACCAAGCUUAGUGAGCUCUAAGGAAUUAAGAUUUUCUCAUUUAGUCUUUUGAAAAUUUUGAACUUAAGAUGUAAUGAUUCACUGUCUAAUAUGACACUUAAUUGGGUUUUGAAUAUGAAAUAUUAGUUUGUUUUGACUAGUUAAAAUUUCUUUUAGUUAAUCAUGGAUAAUGUUCUUGAUGGUUUUAUGUUACCAUUUUCUUGUUUUAGAUGCUAAUUUUCAUAAUUAAUUUACUAAUUGAUU